AUGCGACCAUGCACAGCGCUGUCGCUGGCCCUAGUGUGCCUGUGCGCCGCGGGUUUGGCGAGGGCUAGCACCCCAGCCCCCAUUCACGCCUGGUCCUCAGGUUCAUACCUCACCCCCUCCUCCGAUCGCAAGGCCGUGCCCUCUGUGCAAGCCCUGGAGGAGCUGUUUGCCGGCGUGGCGGGCAUGGCGGGCGGCGUCCCGGCCGCGCUGGCCGGCCUGCUGGACCCUCAGCAGCUUGCCCAGGAGCGGCCGGAUGCGGUGGUGGUGGUGGCCAGUCAGGCCGAGGCCUGCUCCCCACAGGUCGCCGCACAGCUGGCCGAGCUGAGCGGCGCCGCCGCCUCGCACCUGCAGCUGCCCCACGCCAUGCACGAGGUGCGCGAGCUGGCGGCGGGGCCGUGGGGCUCAAGCCACCCCGUGUUUGCCGGCCUGCGCCGCUCGGCGCGGCGCAUGCGCGUGCGCGUGCUGGGGCGCUGCGGCGCGUCCACAGCCGGCUCCGGCCCCGCCACCCCUGAGGCGCUGCGUGCGGAGCUGGAAAGCGCGGCGGGCGGGGAGCAGCCCACGGUGGUGGUGCUGUGCCCAGAGGAGGCGGCCGAGGCGGAGGCAGGCGGGCGCGACGUCGAGGCGGAGCUGCUGGCCGCCGCCUCCCGCCUUCUGGCUGAGCUGGCGCCCCGGCACCUGCUGGUGCACACCGCCCACGCCGCCUCCGCGGCGGCCUCCCAGGCCCGGCUGGAGCGGCGGCGGCAGCUGCUGGAGGCGCAGGCCGCGGUCGCCUCCUCCUCCUCCGCUGCCAACCGCACCGCCAACUACACCACCUGCGACGCCACCUGCCAGAAGCACGUCAUGUGGUUUGAGGGGCUGAUUGUGCUGGUGGUGAUCCUGCUGGCGCUGUGCGUCGGCUGCUCCUGCAUGCACAUGGUGGAUGUGCCCACCCGCUUCGCGCAGCCCCUGGCCUCGCGCCAGCACAACGACUGA